CAGACGCGCCGACAGCUCUGCGCAGAGGCAGUCAGUCUGUCUGUGUUGGCUUUCAGUCUUCGGAGUCCCGCGUUGGAGAAAGAUGUGGCGCAACGGAAGCGGAUUAGAACCAGCCGAGAACCACCCAAGGAACAACGAAGGCUAAGCUUCGAUUGUGCAGUCAAAGGCAGAGAGAGAGAGAGAGAGAGAGAGGGAGGAGAGUGUCGCCAUGUGUUGGUGCGCACGUGUCUAUUGGACGGUUUUGCAAAAUCUAUUUGCCCGUUUCUACAACAGCCUGACGGAGAGCAAUUUUGCCUGCUUGAGUAGCUAUCGAGAGCGCUGCUGCUGGUGCUGCGGCGGCUGCUGUUUCGGCUAUAGGCGCCAGGCCAGCGACGGUGACGUCGACGCUGAUGUUGACAGCGAUGCUGGCAAACGGGUUUUGGAAUCAAUCGGUGACGACGAUCAGCAGAGAGCAGCUCGACACGAUUACAUCAUUGAGGACGAUGGUGAUGCCAACUAUGAGGAGAUUGAUCAGCGCCAUAUCGAAACGGAACCAUAUUAUUUCACCGUGGAUCGCGCUAUGGCGGAACACAUGCUCUCGGAGCGGGAGAAUGGCGCCUGUUUGGUGCGACCCUUCAAGGCGACGGAUGUUUGCAUCAAGUACAUCGUGAGCAUCUGUGCGGAUCGGCAGUUCUAUCAUCUGUUCGUGCGUCAAAUCGAUGGAAGACAGCGCUAUGCCAUUGGACAAAUGAAGCCGCAAGAGCGUGUCUUCCCCACGCCCUAUGCCAUUAUUGAGUUUUAUGAGGAGCAUCCGCUGCUCUGCACAAACAAAGAGCGCAGCCAGAGUGUACUCCUGAAGCCAAUCAGCUGUGCCUAGUUUAGGUUAUCGUUUAAUUGGUUUACCAGAUAUUUAGAUAAAUUAUGUACAAAUUGCGUAACUUAGUAUAUAAGGCGUAAGUUAAGUAUGUUUGUGUAUGUGUAUGUGUGUAUGUGUGUGUUUCUAAGUUGCCACAAUGGCCUUGAAGACACACUGAUUGUUCUGCAUCAGAGCGGGCCACAAGAACGCCUUGAUGAGGUCCGAGCGGCGAUCCGAUUGUGGAUGGCGUUCGUGCUUCUCUGGACGAAGGAAACCUACGGAAUAAUGACAAAUAAAAAAAGUUUAAAUGCAUGCAGUAUAUAUUGACAAAAAUAUCUAACAAUGUAUUUAAAUUUAUACACCCUACGGUUAAUAGUGAUUAGGCAAAUAAAAUAUAAGAUUUUGAAUUUUCGAAUUAAAUAUGAAUGGAACUUUUAAGAAAAUAAUUUGAAAUUGAUAUUUAUUGAUAUAUCAAUUAGUAUUUAUAUAACACUCUAUUUAAUAAUAUUUAAUUUUAAAUAAAAAA